UCUAUCAAUUAAGUGCUCAAAGAAAAUUUGUUAUCUUAUUGUUUUUAUAUGUGAGACAUAACCAUCGAUACGCAUAUUUGUAUAUUCUUCUCUAUAAAUUCAUGUACAGUGAAAUUCUAUAUUUUCUAAUAUCGUCGAUAAGUAGGAUAUACGGUUUGGUAUCGAAGAGUACCGUGAGAUGGCGACUAUGGAACAGGUGCACUCGACCAAUCGGCGUGCGCGCAAUCCCCCUUGUCCAUCUACCGAUUAGCGCUCUGGCGGUGUCACGAACAGCGAUCGCAAUAUGGCUUCCGCCACCGCUAGCCUGUGAGAGUAUCUUCGAAGGUGACAACAUGGUGGAAUACGUAAGGGUGCGCGAAGCGUCGCGCGUGUGAAAAUUGCUAGUGUGGCCUUGUUGAGAAUUAUACGUCGACUCGAUCGAGUGCCGAAGAAAUAGUGCAUAUGCUCGAAAAACAAAACAUUACGAGAGAAGUGAGAGAGAAAGAGACACUGUAUUCUGUUCGGUGGAGUAAGAUAAACUGUACGCACGGGCCACUAGUUAGAGAAGGAUAGAAUGACAGUGUGAUACAUCGGUUCGUUACGCUGGAGGUUUCUGACACGAAUGUGUAUCGGUUGAAAAAGUACGGAAUUCCGUGUGUUUGGCGUUCUUGAAACGUGGUUCGACUUGGUGAUGCGAAUGUAAUAAUCGAAAAAAAAAAAAAAGGGAGUAAAUCUUUCGAUGGUUGAGCACGGUGCGCGCGACUCAUACGUCGAAAGCGUGGCUCUGUCGGUGUGUGUUACGUCCCGUACACGCCGUAUCGUCUUGUACUCUUGUGUAUACGUGCGAUCUUUCGGUGUGGAAAUUGAAAGAAGAUAGACAGACGGUACAUGAGUGUGGAAGAAUGAGAAAAAGAGUACAGAAGCACAGGGUGCACAUCGACGAGCACGACGACGUAACAGAGAGAAGAAGGCGCAAAAGAGCUAGCGAGUGAGCCAGGCGACGUUGCCAGAGUUUUCCUUCUCGCGUUCCCUACUGUACAGCACGUCCCUUCGUGCUCUGAGAAAGACCGAAACGGAGAAUAAUGUGACAAGGAGCGAGAGAAAAGUAGUGCGAGAAGCUACACAGAAAUACAAGUGCGAGCGAGAUAGGAGUACUGAGUAGCGUGAGUCGCGCGAAAAGGAUCUAGGGAAUUUUUGUAUUCAAUCGUCGGAUUUGUCAAUUUAACUCGAGUUCCGUUUGUGUCCUCUGGACGUGUGAUUCGUGAAUACCACGAGACGAUUCCAAAUGACGUACACACGAAACACGUGACACGUCGAGUUAGGCCGAUCGACAAGCCAUGAAGAAGCCACGCGUGGAACGGGACCGGCUUCGGGAGCGGGAACGACAGGCCCGCGCGGCGAUGUCGGUCCAGGCCGAACAAGCGGCUGCAGGAGGUGGUCCUGACACCAGACACCAUCAUCAUGGCCACCAUAAUCACGCUCACCAUCACGUUAAUCCUCAUGCCGUCACUGCACCACUCUUCCGUGCUCCCGUCAGGGUAAGUCUUCGUUCUGAUUUUUAUUCUUAUUCUUUUCAUUCCUCGUACCGUUGAUCGAUCGCUCGAUACUCGGAGGGGCGACGUUUUUUUCCCCUCCCACCGUGCGAGACCAGAUUAAAGGAUCGUUCGCACGGUUAAAGACGCGGUUUCACGUGAUACGAGUUUUUUUCCACGCAUAAUGCGAGCUCAAGCGUGUUUAAUUCGAGAAAUUGGAGCGAACGGAACGCCAAUAUAUAUAUAUAUAUAUAUUUUUUUUUUUCGAUCGUGCACGAUUUGUAAGAUACAUAUCGAAUAGUUUUUACCUCGUGUCAAACGUCUCGCAUGACAAAUUACACAUUGAUUCGUCACUCGCGUUUCGAUCCUGCCGACUACCUUUCGUUUGUAGUCGUUGUGUCGAGUUAAUAUCUCAACUGUACAUCUGUACAGCGCGGAACAUCGUUGAAAUUAGUUUCGAAUUGUUGCGAUACUCGAGGUCGGGAAUAAAUGAAAUUUAAUAUGAAACGUUUGCUAAUAUAAUUGGUAUACUAAAUGAUGAUGAUGACGAUGAUAAAUGGCUAUCUCGAUCGUACUUUGUUUAUUCUCAACUACUGAAUGCCAUUCUUGCGUACAAUAUCUACGAUCUGUAUAUAUAUAUAUAUAUAUAUAUAUAAUUUAAUUUAAAUUUCUAAGCUGAUUACAAAAUUAAUU